UAUUACAAAUUUUACGAAAAUAUUUCAAUAAAAGAGCAUAGUGUGUGACCGCUACGUAUUGUAUUUUAGUAAAAAAACAAAUAAUAUAUUUAAUAUUUAGUUUAAAUAUCAAAUAAUUAAAUACAUGGAUUGUAAAUAAACAAAACAGUGUUUCGGUGAUAAGAUGGAGGAACUUACAGUUACGGAAAAUAUAGUUAAAGAGAAUCUAUCCAGUUGCGAUAGUAGUAGCCUGCAGCAGAAACAGUUUGGGUAUGAGGUGCCCACGGUGACCAAUGUACCCAUAGAGGAGGUGGUCAUCAAAUGUGAAGUGAUCGAGAUAUCAGACGAGGAUGGAGACCAGACAGCCCAGAAAAAAAAGAAAAGAAAAAAGCCAAAAGUACCUAAAGAGCGUGUGCCGUGCGACCAGUGCGAGAAGUCGUUCCAGACGGGGUACGAACUGAAGAAACACAUGAGGACCCACACGGGGGAGCGGCCCUACAUGUGUACUACAUGUGGGAAAACAUAUACGCAACUUGGACACUUAAGUAUACACCAGCUAUCACAUAAAGGUAUAAAGAAUUUCAACUGCAACGAAUGCGGCUCGUCCUUCUACCGGAAAGCAGACCUGGACCGCCACGAAAAGGCACAUAAAGGUAUCAAACCGUACACCUGCGAGAUCUGCUCAAAAUCCUUCACACAGAAGAAUAACCUAGUGAUGCACGUCAAAAUGCAUAUAGGAGAUAAGAGGUAUGAAUGUCCGGUGUGUCUGAAGAGGUUCAUGACGAGGAGCAAGAUGAUGCUGCACUCGAAGAGGCACGAUAAGGAUAAGAAGACUAAAAACGAAUUUAUGUCCUCGUUUGUUGAAUAAAGUUAUGGUUGGGAAGAUGGGUUUUAUUUAUGGUUUUGCAUGAAAUUUUUUUUUAAACCGAAUCAAAUUAAAUUAAAUCAAAAAUCAUUUAUAUAUAUAUAUAUGUAUGUAUUCAAAAUCAAAAUAUCUUUAUCCAUGUAGCAAUCAGCAAUUCAGCAAACGAAACCUGGACGUUAUUAACUUCUCUUACUGUAGGCAC